GACCCCUCCUUUAUUUACCUGCUCCCCCCGUGGUGGAAUCAGUGGCCUGUGUUUUCAGGCAGAAUCACGACGUUGGCGAGUUUCCCCUCCAGGCUCGCCGUAGCUGUUCGUGGGCGUAGCCAGCGAAGCGUCCGCGGAAGCGGCUGACAGAGGAGAAGAGAGCCGAACAAGCGCUGUUGAACAUGGACCUGAGCUCGGAGUCCGUCAAAAGGAUUCUCUCUAGGUACAAAUUCCGAGAUGUCGCCAUUGAGGAGCUUCAGAAGGUUAACCGAGUUUAUCCUGACAUGAAACUCCUGGUUGGCGCUUACACGUUUAGUGACAGCUCCCAGAGGGACCUGCUGAAGUUGGUGGGCAACGUCCCCGUCAGAUACAGAGGACGUUCUUACAACUUGCCCAUCCAGUUAUGGCUGUUGGAUUCGUUCCCCUUCACACCUCCUAUUUGCCUCCUGCGACCCACGGCCAACAUGGUGAUCAGAGAGGGGAAGCAUGUGAACGCAAAGGGCAGGAUCUUCCUGCCUGCCCUGCACAACUGGGACCACCCAAAGUCAUCUGUGACUGGGCUGCUGAUGGAGAUGAUUGCCAAGUUUGAAGAGGAACCUCCUCUGGGCAUGAAAUCUACAGGAGAUGGAAAUGACCCCAGUGAGCUGCUCGCUUUUGUGUCCCAGCUAAACAUCACGGAAGGUGGGAACCGGCCUGAUCAGAGUGUGAAUAAAGUGUCUGUGAUUGGAGGGGGAGACUUGGGGAUGGCAGCUGUGUUGAGUAUUAUGGCAAAAGGCUUUGUGGAUAAAUUGUUUUUGAUUGACAUACCAGAGAGUUCAACCAAGGGUGGUACAGUAGACCUGGAGAUUUUCAAGUUGCCUAAAGUCGAAGUCUCAAAAGAUCUGUCAGCCUCAGCCGGCUCCAAAGUGGUGGUGGUGACUGCAAAUGCCUGGAGUGAGGAGCAGUCAUACGUGAGUGUGGUGCAGACUAAUGUGGAUCUGUACCGCCGCAUCAUCCCGAGCCUGGCCCAGCUCAGCCCCGCUGCAGUGCUGCUCAUCGCCUCUCAGCCUGUGGACAUAAUGACACAUGUGGCAUGGAGGCAGAGUUGCUUUCUACCGACGCACGUGAUUGGUGCAGGCUGUAACCUGGAAUCAGAACGGCUCUCUUAUUUCCUCAAUGUUGCUCUGCUGGCCAAGACCACAAACAAACAGGCCUGGGUCAUAGGAGAGCUCUCUGACAACAAAGUUACUGUGUGGGGUAAUGGAGGAUCAAGUGGGGACAAACAGCACGCGUUGAUCCCAGUGUCCAGCUCCACAAAGCCGCUGAUGGACAGGGCAUUCGACAUGUUGAAGGGGAAAGGUCAAAGAUCCUGGUCAGUUGGGCUGUCCAUCGCUGACAUCACUCACAGCAUUCUCACAGACCAGAGGAAAACGCAUUCUAUUACCACUUUGGCUCAGGGAUGGGGAGGAAUUGGUUUGGAGGUGUUCCUCAGCUUACCUUGUGUGCUUGGAGUGAACGGCUCCACUCGCCUGGCAGGAGUGGCUCUUAGCCCAGAAGAUGAUGCCAAACUGAGAGAAAGUGUCACAUCUCUAAGCAACUUCUUCAUGCAGUUGAGGAUAUAACUCCACAAACCCACAAUAUACCAGCACUGCUGCAGACAUCUAAAGCAGCCUCAUUAUCAUGUGGACAAUUGAAGUCUCAAAAUUAACCUCUUUUUGACCCACACUUUUUUCACAGCUUCACUAGCUGCGACACUGCAUGUGCCUUCUAAAAAAGAAUGUGAUGAUAGAAUAUAAGGCAGCAUCAUUAGCUUCCAGGAGAUGGCAUUGCCUGAACUGCAUUACACUUAACUUGCAAGGAAAAAAAAAAAAAUCAUAGAAUGUCAUGACCAAAAAAAAAUGGAUCUCCUGUCAAUCAUAUUGUGCUCCAAAUCAGA